GCCGGGCGGAGGGGGCUUAGAGAAGCCGCAGCGGCAGAUUUUGCUCAGAGCCCCGGAGCCUGGGACCGCGCCGCCGUCACCGGGGAGCUGCUCGCUUCCCCGGCCCGGGCCUCAGCGCAGCCGGCUGGGCCAUGGCAGCCACCGCGCUCCGGGGCCAUCGCUGAGCAGCCGUUAAGCCGCACGCCCGGGUCCGGUCCGCGCCGCCGCGGCCCAGGCUCCGCUCAAGUUUCCGCCCAGAAGCCGAGGUGACUGCGGGCCCCAAGCUCCAGGCUCGCCCGCUCGCCCGCUAUGUGGGGCCGUUUCCUGGCCCCGGAGGCUGGCGGCCGGGACAGCCCCGGCGGGGCCCGCAGCUUCCCUGCGGGCUCGGACUAUUCAUCAGCAUGGUUACCUGGUAAUGAAUCAUUAUGGCAGGCCACAGCUGUUCCAUCUAACCCCCGAAAUAACCAUAUCCGGAGACACAGCAUAACGUCUGACAGUGGAGACACUGGCAUUGGCACUUCCUGUUCUGACAGCGUGGAAGACCAUUCAACUUCAAGUGGCACACUAUCCUUCAAGCCUAGUCGAUCGCUGGUUACUCUUCCCACAGCCCAUGUGAUGCCAUCUAACUCCAGUGCUCCAGUUUCCAAACACAGGGAAAAUCUACCGUCAGAUGGCUCUAAAUGGAGUACUAAUCUCAUGCAGACACUGGGAGACCACGGCAGAGGGGAGCGGGACUCCUCCCUAGACAUGAAGGACUUCAGGCCCCUGAGGAAAUGGUCAUCUCUGUCCAAGCUUACUGCCCCAGAGAACCGCAACCAGAGUGGCAUUGCAUACACGCAAGAGUUGAGGAAUGUCCUGGAGAAGACAGGGAAGGGCAAGGCUUUCACGUCCCACUUAAGGACCUUUGGGCCUAGUAGCUUACAUGACAGUAUGGAGAUGCUUAAGCUGGAAGACAAGGAAAUGAACAAAAAACGGUCAUCAACUCUGGACUGCAAGUAUAAAUUUGAGAGCUGCAACAAAGAUGAUGUCAGAGUGUCUUCCUCUGCUCUCAGGAGACAGACUUUAGACAUGACAUACAGUGCCUUACCUGAGAGCAAGCCCAUUGUGACAGGCUCAGAGGCUUUUGAGUCUCCAAAGUAUUUAAUGCUGGGCCAGCAGGCAGUAGGUGGAGUUCCCAUUCAACCUUCUGUGAGGACUCAGAUGUGGCUUACAGAGCAGUUACGGACAAACCCAUUGGAAGGCAGAACCACAGAGGAUUCUUACAGUUUAGCUCCUUGGCAACAGCCACAAACUGAAGAGUUUCAGCAAGGAAGUGAGACACCAAUGCAGGUUUUGACUGGAUCAUCUCGUCAGACUUAUUCACCUCCUGGUUUCCAGGAUUUCAGUAAAUGGGAAUCAGUGCUGAAAAUAAAAGAAGGACUUCUGAGGCAGAAGGAAAUUGUAAUUGAUAGGCAGAAGCAACAAAUUAACCACCUACAUGAAAGGAUAAGGGAUAAUGAACUACGGGCGCAGCAUGCUAUGCUAGGACAUUAUGUCAAUUGUGAAGACUCCUACAUGAGUAGUUUACAGCCUCAAUACGAGAGCAGUUCAGGCCAGACUCCAUUUACAGAGCAGCCACUGUCCCAUCCCCACCAGGAAGAACUUGAGCAAAAGCUAGCAUCUACCGAGAAAGAAGUUUUACAGCUCAAUGAGUUUCUCAAACAAAGAAUAAGCCAAUUCAGUGAAGAGAAGAAGAAAUUAGAGGAAAAGCUGAAAACCAGAGACAGAUACAUCAGCAGUCUGAAAAAGAAAUGCCAGAAGGAAUCUGAGCAAAACAAAGAGAAGCAGAGACGGAUCGAGACCUUGGAAAAGUACCUGGCCGAUCUUCCAACUCUAGAUGACGUCCAGAGUCAGAGUCUGCAGCUUCAAGUUCUUGAAGAAAAAAACAAGAAUUUGCAAGAAACUUUGAUAGACACAGAGAAGAAGCUUGAGGAGAUCAAGAAGCAAUGUCAAGACAAAGAAGUGCAGCUGCUGUGCCAGCAGAAGAAGGAGAAGGAGCUGGUAACGUCCGUUCAGAGCCUACAACAAAAAGUAGAAAAAUGCCUUGAAGAUGGAAUCCGCCUUCCCAUGUUAGAUGCCAAACAGCUUCAGAGUGAGAAUGAUAGUCUGAGAGAGCAGAAUGCGACAGCCAAUAAGAUAAUAGAGAGCCAGCAGGAUGAAAUUAACAGAAUGAUUUUAGAAAUUCAGUCUAUGCAAGGAAAACUUUGUAAAGAUAAAUUGAGUGCACGGAGCACUGUGGAAGAGCUAGGAAGGAAAGAAGAGAGCCUCCAGAGGUUGACAGAAGCACUGCUUGAAAACCAAAGACACAUGGGAGAGACAUACUCUUUACUGGAUCAGGGCCAUGAAGCAGAGCAGUCUAGGCCACAGACCGUUCCUAAGUGGCCUCUCUUUGAUUUGACUGUGAUUGAUCAGCUGUUCAAGGAAAUGUCCUAUUGUUUGUUUGACUUGAAAGCAUUGUGUAGUAUUCUUAAUCAACGCGCUCAGGGCAAGGAGCCGAACCUCUCCUUGUUACUGGGAAUCCGAUCAAUGAACUGUUCAGCUGAAGAGACUGAGAAUGACCACAGCCCAGAAACACUCACUAAAAAGCUCUCGGAUGUGUGCCAGUUACGGAGGGACAUUGAUGAAUUGAGGACUACAAUAUCAGACCGCUAUGCUCAGGACAUGGGAGACAACUGUGUUACCCAGUGAUCCAGUGUUGGUCCACAGCAACAAUGAUCCAUUGUGAAACGCUGCUGUGUUGGACUCAUUUGUUUCUCUCUAGGAUGCACAGGGGAGAGACGCUCCUUGCCAUGCACUUCAGCUUUCUUGUUGAGACAUAUGCGUUCCGAAGACAGUUUUAAAGGGACUGAUCAAAUCAGGCAAACAAAUCCCGUUACUAAAGUCUACAAGAAAAAGAGCAAAAUAACCUGUAUUUUCAAACUACUGAUGGUAGGACCAAGCUGUGAACAAGGCCCUUCAGAUAAAGGUGUAGGACUUCCCUUAACCCUGUAAUUUCAUGUACAUAUAUGUGGGUGCUCAUUCAUUCUCUCACUUGCUCACCGUCUGUCUGUCUGUCUUUCUGUCUUUCUGUCUGUCUGU